AUGAAGAGGGUGGCGCUUGUUGCGGUGGCACUGCAGAUAGCAGAGGAUCCCCAGUUCAAUGUUUCAAAGAUAGACAGCUUCUUCAAUUCAUCGGGGCGUCUCCCCUCCGCCCAGCCACACACCAACAACUGGGCCGUCCUCGUGGAGACGUCCAUCUUUUGGCACAACUACCGACACGUGGCCAACGUGCUGAGCAUGUACCACACUGUGCGCCGGCUGGGCAUUCCCGACAGUCAGAUCAUCCUCAUGAUUGCCGACGACAUGGCGUGCAACACGCGCAACUCCAACCCCGGCACCAUCUACAACAACCGGAAUCACAACCUGAACAUGUACGGGUCGGAGAUCGAGGUCGACUACCGCGGCUACGAGGUGUCCGUGGAGAACUUCAUUCGCGUGCUCACAGGCCGGCACCACGAGGGCGUGCCGCGGUCCAAGCGACUGAUGACGGACGAGCGCAGCAACGUGCUCAUCUACAUGACCGGCCACGGAGGCGACGAGUUCCUCAAAUUCCAGGACUUUGAGGAGAUUUGCAGUCGAGAUCUGGCGGAUGCGUUCGAGCAGAUGUGGGAGAAGGGGCGGUACAACGAGCUCCUGUUCGUGGUGGACACCUGCCAGGCCACCACCCUCUACAAACACUUCCGCUCGCCCAACGUGCUCGCCGCCGGCAGCUCGUCACGGGGCCAGAACUCCUACUCGCUGGGCGUGGCGAUGAUCGACAGGUUCACCUACGCCACUCUCGAGUACUUCGAGCACAACAAGGUGGCCGAGGACUCCAAGAACAACCUCAAGGAGCUGUUCGCCGAUGACAACUACCGAUACCUCGGCGCCCAGUCCAACUACCGAACAGAUCUCUUCUCCCGGCCUCUCGACAGCGUGCUGCUGACGGACUUCUUCGGGUCGGUGCUGCCGGUGCAGACCACCACGCGAGGCUACCCGCUGGGCGAGUGA